UUAAAUCCGCCACUGAUAUUUCCUCUUUAAAUUUUAACAGUUCGUUUUUUUUGGUAUUUUUUUUUGUGUAUUAAUUUGCCAUCUUAUUCCACCUAUUUAGUCAAGGUUAUAUGUAUGCUAAAUCAGUAAUGAUUGACAUUUUUACUUCUGUACUAUUUUUUUUUUUUUUCCGGGAAUUGCCAAUCUGCUUUCAUUUUAACAAUUUGUAUUGAUUUGACGGUAUCCGGUGUAGUGUGUUGUGGUGCGAAGGAGAGGAGGUCCGAGGUCAACUAAAAGAUACAAAGCAGUAGUUUAGAUCAUACGUUGACUUCAGAAGUAAGAGGAACAGAAAUUCUCUCAGGAGGUACUAUAUCAUGAUGUGUCAGUGAUUCCAAGAUUUUUGAGAUGCUGGUUAUGAGAAGUGGAUCCAAGAUUUUCAAAACUUUGUGCAGUUCUGCAUCAAUAAAAACAAGAUGUAAACACUCUCUCACAAACUCUGUAGAUAGAUAUUUCGAUCUCAGGAAUAACUCAAAAAGAAAGGAUGAAAACAUUUCUACAGAGUAUUUCAGAAAGAAGACAAAAAAUGCAUUUUUUGCACGCCCAUCGUUUUUGCACACAGAAUCUUUGGAGAAAGGCAUCCUGAUUGAGCCCGAUGAAUAUGUGCAAAAUAUCUUUGAUGGAUUGAAAAAUGAAGACAGGGGAAGUUUAGCGAGAGCCAUAACUCUUGUAGAGACUAGCAACCCACAGAAGAAAGUGCAAGCUAAAGCUUUACUGAAUUUAAUUCUACACGAUCAGGAAAUCUCUGCAGUUCAUUCUUUGAAGGGUCCACCGACCUUCAGAAUAGGUUGGCCAAAUAUUUUUCUGUUUUGAAAUAUUUUCCUGUUAACAAUUUCUUCUAGACUUCUUUCGGUGUCUCAUGGAGGUAAUGAUGUAAGAGAGAGGAUUGAUGCUGAUGAUCAAAUGAUUUUUUUUUCUUUCAAAAAUAAAAUAAUUAUAUUGGUUGUUUUUAGCACACCUUAGCUGAAAGCUCAAGUGAGCUUUUCUGAUCACCUUUUGUCCAGCAUCCAUCUGUCUGUUCCUAAACCUUACACAUUUUCGACUACUUCUCCAAAACCACAGUGCCAAUUUCAACAAACUUGCCAUAAAGCAUCUUUAGGGAAAGGGAAUUCAAAAAUUCCUCAAAUGAAUGGUCACACCAUUUUCAAAAGGGAGGAGUGUAUAUGGGAAACAUAUUGAUGUUGAAAACAGCAUGAGGAGCAUGAUUAGUGAUGUUGAUAUGCAAGCACCCCCAGGUAGUGCAGACACAUUGUGACCCCCAGGAGUAGGGUGGGGCCACAAUAAGGGAUCAAAGUUUUGCAUGGGAAUAUAUAGGGAACAUUUUUAAAAAUCUUCAUUUCAAUAAAAGAAGGUCAUGAUUAGUUAUACUCAUAUGCAAGCAUCUUCAUGUUUUCAAAUUUAAAAGUUUGUUCAAUUCAGGGGCACUGAGGGUAGUGUAAGACUUCAAUAGGAGAUCAAAGUUUAUGCUAGAAUAUAUACAAUAAAUUAAUGAAAACAAAAUCUUUUCAAGUGCAGCAGGGCCACACUAAAUUAUAUCAUAAUGCAAAUAUUGUGAUGAUUCAAGUUUUCUUCUUCAAAUUAUUAACCCUGGAUCAGAUUUUACAUGAUGCAUGUACAAUGUAUACAGGAAAGAAAAUCUUUUUGAAGUUUUCAUCUCCAGAACAGCAAGGUCAUGUUAGUCAUAUUAACAUCCCCAUCUUGUGUGAAUUUAAGUUUGACUAUGUCAUAACCCUUUGGGACAAGAAAAAUGAAUCUUUUAGAAAUCCUGAAAGCUGAACAACAGCAUGUCGGGUGACUCAGGACUCUCUGGACCCCCAGGAACAGGAAAGAGCACUUUUAUCGAGACAUUUGGAAAAUUUCUUACUGAAAGAGAUCACAAGGUGGCUGUGCUGGCUGUAGAUCCUUCCUCAUCACGUACUGGGGGUUCUCUGCUUGGUGAUAAAACCCGAAUGCCUGAAUUGUCUCGAGAUAUGAAUGCUUUUAUCCGUGCCUCUCCAUCCAGAGGAACUCUGGGAGGGGUUACGAGGACAACCAAUGAAGCUGUGUUAGUUUGUGAAGCAGCAGGAUAUGACAUCAUCCUUAUUGAAACAAUUGGAGUUGGACAAACAGAGUUCGUUGUGGCAGAUAUGGUGGACAUGUUCUGCCUGCUGAUUCCUCCUGCUGGUGGAGAUGAACUUCAAGGUAUAAAGAAGGGAAUUGUGGAGGUGGCUGACCUGGUUGUGGUCAAUAAAUGUGAUGGUGACCUGGUGAAUGCUGCUCAGAUUAUUCAGAGUGAAUACAUUAGUGCCCUAAAGUUUAUCAGGAAGAUGAACCCUCUCUGGAGCCCACAGGUAUUAAGAAUAUCAUCACUAACGAAGAUGGGGAUUCCAUCCCUGUGGGACAAUAUGUGUGAAUUCCGACAGAUCAUGUCUGUAGCGGGUGAGCUGGACAGAAAACGGGCAGACCAGAAGAAGAUCUGGAUGUGGAACUACAUCAAAGACAACAUUAUGGACCUGUUCCGUUCCCAUCCAGUGGUAAAGGAGAAGAUUGCCACGAUGGAGGAGAGGGUGUCCCACGGAGUCCUUACCCCGGGAGAAGCAGCAGACGUGUUGCUGAAGGACUUCAUGAAAGACUGACUGGAGGAUGAGGCUACUAAUUAGCUCGACAAGCAACCCUCGCUGAUGCUGUGCAAGGCACAAGAAUUCCACAACCAGGCUUCUAGAAACACAAACAGUGGUUCUCAAUUUGAUAUGCGUGUAUCUUCCAAGCCAUGAAAGACUUUGCUUAAUAAUUCUGCAUACAGAUAACCUGCAUGGAUUGCCAUUAUCCAAGGGCUGAUCUCAUUAUGCUAAGAAAUGACACAAGGUUUGGUGCAAAGUGCCAGAAAGUGGUGCUUUGUAUUGUAUUUGGCCACACUUAGGAAUGAGAUUUGUGUCGUGGGUCAAUGGUAUGCUGCAUUUGUGUGGUCCUCAUAAAAGAUUUUAUGGCUCUGAUCAGUCUUUCAACAAAGUUAUGAGAUAAAUUGUAAAUGUUUGACAGUGUAUUUCAUAACUCCUGACAGUCUAUGUUAAAGUAUUUCAGUGUUACAUCCGAAAUUUUAAUUUACUGUAUCACACCAUGUACAGUUGUACACAGGGAACUCUCGAGAUUCUGUUUGUCUUGCCCAUCAGUCCAGAGACAGUGGCACGGGCUCUCAGAUUUAUCUGUGAUGAUGUUAGGAUGCAGUUAAAAUCCAGGGGUCCAUUUUACAACACAACUUACGACAAAGUCACAAGUCUUAAAUUGUAUUACACAGUUAUUAGUUUGAAUUGAUGAAUUAAAAUGUUUCUGAGACUUAAUUUUCAGUAUUAUGUCUUCACUAAUUUACAUUGGAAAGAAGGAUUUUACAAUAAAUGAGAAAAUUUAAAUGAGAAAUGAGAAAAUUUCAGUAUGCAAAGCCAUUUUAAGUUGGUUGUAAGUCGUAAAUUCUUUUGUAAAAUGCACCCCAGAAAUGAGUGAAUAUCAGAAUAAAACUUAUUGGGCCGGGACUAGUACCUGUUCAAAAUUGUUUUUUGACAGCUCAGUAAUUGAUGCUUAUGUGACAGCACAGUAAUUACUUGAUUUUUGUACAUGUGUGAAGACACUGUGAUGGUCUUAAUUGCACUGUGAUUGUUGAUAACAAACUCUGUAUUAUAACAAACUCUGUAUUGGGUGGCAAUUUUUUAUUAUGGAUUUCAUAUAAUCAAGAAUGGCCUAAAUGUGCUUUAUAAAGUAUGCUGGUGCAAAAUGUUUCAGAUCAUA